UGUUGGUGUUGUUCAGUGUUGUUGGUUGGUUGUGUGGCUCUUGAAGAUUUUGUGGUUAUAAAUUGUAUAUUGAUCUUUUUUAUCAGAAGCUAUGGAUAAUAUAGAUGAAGUAAUAGAUUUAAAACCCCCAACAGAUGCUGCUUUUAAUAAUAAAUCAAUAAGUUUGGAAAGCGUUAAACCAGAAAUUAAUAUUUCCGAAGAAUAUAUAAAUGGAUCAUCAGAUAAUAAGUUUGAAUUCUCGAAAGAAGCUGGGAAAAAAGUCUGUCAGUGUACCAUAUGUGGCUUCCAAACGCUAUAUAAAUCAAAUCUUCAUCAACACAAAAAAACUCACUUGGCACGGGAAGAACGACAACUGCUUCCUUGUGGGCACUGUGGCAAGAAAUAUGCAAGAAAACAAACCUUAGAACAUCACCUUGAGGAGAACCAUACUGAUUCCAGGGCGAAAGAAUUGAUUAAAUCACAGAAAAAGGUCUAUAGAUGUUCCUCAUGUAGCUACCAAACACAAAAUACUUCAGGUUUGAGCCAUCACAAGAAGGUUCAUUUGCCACCGGAAGAACGUCAGUUGUUUGCUUGUGCGCAUUGUGAGAAAAAAUAUACGUUAAAAACGAACUUAAGACGUCACUUUCAGGAUACUCAUACUGAUUCCAGGACGAAAAAAGUGAAGAAACCACCAAAAAAGGUCUACAAAUGUACCAUAUGUGACUAUCAGACACCAUAUAGCUCAACUAUUAGGCGACACAAGAACGUUCACUUGGUAGAGGAAGAACGACAGAUGUUUGACUAUGCGCAGUGUGACACGAAAUAUAGACCAAAAAAUGGUUUACAAUAUUCAAGGAUGAAGGAAUUGGAGGAAUCGCAGAAAAAGGUCUAUAGAUGUACCAUAUGUAACUACCAAACGUUACAUAGGCCCAAUCUUUACAAACACAAGAAAGUUCACUUGGCAUUAGAAGAACGACAGAUAUUUGCUUGUGCGCAGUGUGACAAGAAAUAUAUGUCAAAUCGGAGGUUACAAGAUCACAUUAAGCGUAAUCAUAUUGAUUCGAGAAAUCCUGAUAUAUCUGCUGAAGUGAUAUUAGAUUCUUUAAAAAUGGAAAUUGAUGAUCACGCUCUGCUUUUGGAUGAAUUUACAAAUGAUGAAUGUCCGGCUGUGACUAAUGAAGUAAAAUCGGAAGGUUUUAUAAAAACAGAACCUGAUUAUAUCGCUCUGAGUCUGAAUAAAGACAUGCACGAUGACUUUAAAAAUUCUGAAUGUUUAUCUGAGACAUAUGAAGUAAAAUCAGAUUUUAUAAAAAUGGAACUUGUUGAUGUCGCUCCGUUUUUGAAUAAACACAUAUAUGAUAGUUUUAAAAAUACCGAAAAUUUAUCUGUAACUAAGAAAGUGAAGUUGGAAAAUUUUAUAAAAAUGGAAUCUGACAAUGACGUUCCUUUAGAUGAAGAAAAUAUUAUAUUGUAGCUUUAUUUUGGUUAAUUACAAAAUCCGUAAUAUAAUCAGUAAUUUGAAGUUUUUGUGAUUACACUGUUUAAUAUUAAUUACACAACAU